AUGAUUCAAUUGCUUCUUGACCAUGGUGUCGAUGUGCAUGACCCGAAUGAAGAUGCCUUAGUCGUCGCAGCAGAGAUGAACCACAUUGAAAUUACACAGAUAUUACUCGACCACGGGAUGUCCCCCGACCAUUCUGGGAAUGGCUGGGGGAGUCCCUUGGAGGCCGCUUGCGCGCAUAACUCCAUCGAGGUCGCUCGUUUACUCAUCGACAGAGGAGCAGAUGCCAAUGCGCAUGGCCACGGGAACGGAGGUGGCCCACUCAUUGCUGCAGUCGCUAGUGGUUAUAAAGACAUUGUCGCUCUGUUACUUAGCAGCGGUGCCAAUGUCAAUAUAGAGGGUGCAAAUGUCAACGAAGCAGGAGGGCGCCUUGUGGGCGCUCUAUAUGCCGCAUCGACAUCGGGUGAAGGAAUCAUUGUUGGAAUCCUUCUGCAACAUGGUGCGGACCCCAAUUGCGAGGGAGGUCUGUACGGAACCCCCUUGCAAGCCGCAGCGUCAUUCGGCUACUCCGUGGAAGCUCUUUUAUCCAGUGGUGCGAACAUCAAUUUCCGCGGUGGGCUGUUUGGAACAGCUCUUCAAGCGGCUUCUGGAGCUGGAUGGCAUUUAGAAACUGUGUGGAAACUGGUGGCUGGAGGAGCAGAUUUAGAAGUUAUCGCAGGGCCGGAUCGAACAGCACUUCAAGCAGCCUCGCAGAAUGGACGCAUCGACAUCGUGCACGCAUUGCUGAACUAU